AUCAUAAUUAUAUUUUCUGUAUCUUGUUCUUGAUAUUACUCUUGGAGGUAACAGUACAUUCACGUUUUUGUUUUUAUAACUGCUCUUAUUUCAAAAUCGUUCUUAUUCAUUUAUUGUACUUACUAAUUGCUCUUAAGAAUACGCGUGUGUGUGUAAGCAGCUAAUUUAGGAUUAUGAAACAGUAUAAAAACUAGUUUUAUGUUUUAUGAAUUCAAUUUAGAAACCGUAUAAGAUGUUUAUUGUUUUAUUAAUUCAAUUUAGAAACAGUAUUAAAAAAAAAAAAAGACAAAAAAAACUUUUUGGAACCUGACACUAGCUGCACGCGUCAUUUCAGCUAGUACUGGUAGGGGAGAUCUCUGAGUGAUAAACUUUGGUGACUCACUCCGUCCUGAAUAAAUGCUGCUGAGAGAUUAAAAGCGGCAUUCAAAAUAGACAAGUAUACAGUAGACACUACUCAGAAUUGAGGAAUGAAUUACCAGCCCUAUGAUGCCAGAACAUUUUUUCUUAUUUGCCUGUUUGGAUGGGGUCCAGUUGUAUGUGACACACAAGUUCUGGAGCAGGAUAUUAUUUGUGAAGAGCAUGAUGCUUACAUCCCACCAAUAGAAUGGACCAUAAAGAAUAAUUUUACCCCUUCAGAUCUCCAGUCACUCAAAGUCAAAUUGGGUGGUAGCUCUGAACAGUCCCCUACAUUAAAUAUAAGCUGGACCAUCAGUGCAGAUGGAAGCAUUGCAAUCCUUAAAGCAACCAUGAUCCGCAUUGAAAAUCUAAGGAAUUAUAUGAGCCACAGUUUUCAAUGCAAGUAUACACAGACAUUUCUGACUCAAACCGAUCCCUGGAAUAAACAGUGGGAAUUUUAUUUCAGUGGAUUUAAUGCUGAACCAGAAACACAUUAUUAUGUAAGUGCUUUCAACAUUCCAACAGCUAAUAUUGAAGGAGACCCACCUACAAAAAGUCAAACCUUUAAAACACCAGAUUGUGAGAAUGAUAAUGUAAAGUAUCAUGAGCACUGUGUUUCAGAAGGAAGCCUGUGGGAGCCAAACAUCAGUUCAUUCUUCACUGGGGAUGAAGUGGAGGUGGUCUUUACCACCAGUAAACAUUCACUGAAAUAUGAUAUUUUAUUGUUUUCUUGCAAGAAACCUUCUGAAAAUUUGGACAACUGUGAAUUCUUAAAUAUGAUCACUGCGGAAUUUCAGGCCAAUGAAACAAGAAGUACCAAAAGAAUAAAAGCCAACAACAAAGACUGUGAAAUAUUGGUUAUACAGAUUGUACCUUAUUUUCAUGGGUGUCAGAGUGAUUGCCUUAGACACGCCAAACACAUGGACUGCAAAAUAGAAAGUCCCACGGAAACCACACCAAAAAACCCUGACAAAAAAGAAUCACAGCUCCUCAUCAUUGCUGCUACAUUGGUUUUUGCUAUUCUUCUUGUGGUUUCAAUCUAUGCAGUGUGGAAAUCAGGUAAAACCAGAAGAUGUUUAGCAGAUUCUGCCUCGAAUAACUGCAAUGGUUCACCAGCUACAGUACUUAUCAUUUAUUCUCUGGAGAGCAGAAUUUUUCAAAAAGCUGUGGUGGCUUUUGCUGAAUUCCUGCAAUUGCACUGUCGGUGCAAGGUGAUUAUUGAUAUAUGGCAAACGCAGAAGAUUGCAGAAAUGGGCCAAGUUCAGUGGCUAGCCACACAGAAAGAGACUGCUGAUAAGAUUGUUGUCAUUUGCUCAAACUCAGCCAAAAGCAAAUGGAACAGCACCUCUAACCCUACAGCAGAAGACUACACAGUUUCCACUGCUCUGGAGGACAUGUACAGUCUGACUCUGAACAUGUUUAGCAGCGAUCUGAAGUGCCCGGCAGCUCUGAACAAAUACAUGGUUGUAUACUUUGAUGAAAUCUCCACUGGGAAAAACAUCCCUCCCGCGUUCAAUUUUUGCAAAUCAUAUUCCCUUAUGAAGGAGAUUGGGAAAAUCUGUAAAAGUAUGCAUGGUGCACCUGAUCACAGAUUCAGCCAAGACACAGACACAUUGUUAUGCUCAAAGUUUCCACGCAAUAAGGAAAGUACACAGCAACUGAGAAACGCAAUACUGGAAUUAAAAGAAUGGGAGAAGAGCAUGCUGGUUUAAAAACAGAAGAGCUUGCACUUUUAGAAUCUGUGACUGGGUCUUGAAAAAAACACGGAGUUUACUUUACUCAACUGUUUAGUUUUUCGUAACUGAAUUGAAAUAUAACAGGUGAAAUUAAACUGUAAAAUAAACCAGGAAGCAAGUAAGAAACAUUAUGUUUUUAAUAUUAGUGUUUACUAUCAUAGGAUCAGCAUUUUUUAAAUACAAGGCUUCUGCUUUUCUGUUUUUAUUAAAUUUAAUUUUUUCUGUGCUUAUUUUGACCUAUUUGAGUUUU